AUGGCAUCUACAUCUUCAAUAACGACGGACGAAUUUAAUCCUCGUUUCACCGUAGAUGAUGUCGGCGACCCAAAUACUGUACUUCGACCUAUUGAAGGAUAUCCGAGUGUGAAGAAACUUUCACUUUUUCGAAAUCUUGAACGUGAUAAAGAUGAAAUUUUACUUCUACCUGGAACAUACUUAGAAGUUAUUGAAAAAGCAAAACUAGGUGAAGGAUUACAUAUUAUUCGAAUGCGUGAAGUUAAUCCUUCUCAUGUUUUACUUGGACCACCUAUUAGGUUGGAGAUCACACAAAAUAUUGAAUUUAUUCUUGAUUCUGUUUAUGAAGUUAAUAAAGAAAAUGAUGUUGUUCCAAAAUUAUUCAUUGUUUUGCCAGAUCCAUUACAUCCAUGGAAUCAAGGUGACCCUAUGAAAAAUAAAUUUCUAUUGCAUUUCAUUAGUGAAUGUUCGAUUGAUAAUAUUCAUUUGGCAAAUUAUCCAGGCUAUCCUAUACCAUAUUCUAGUUUAUUUUUUGAAUUUUAUAGUCAAUAUAUGCAACAAUUUAUGAUACCUCUUGCAAAACAUCUAUUUAAAUGUCGUUAA